UAGACUGGUGUUCUGAUCACGUCUCUUGACGUGGUGCUACUAAAGCAAUACUGUUUUUCUAUUUUUCCCUUUUAUUUUUGUUUUUCCAACCCUCAUUCCUUUUCUUCUUUCUCGUGCCACUUUCUUGUUUUCUGUUUUUUUUUGGGCGUCUUUCUACUUGGUCUUCGGUGAAACUGUGUCUUGCUGCAAACAACUGCAUUUUAGAAAUGGCGUUGCCAGUCUCUGCUAUUGGAUUUGAAGGUUACGAGAAGAGGCUUGAAAUUUCGUUUUGUAAGCAUGGCGUCGUUGCUGAUCCUAAAUGGAAGGGCCUUCGAUCUCUUUCCAAAGCACAGUUGGAUGAAUUCCUGGGACCUGCUGAGUGCACAAUAGUUUCUGCACUGUCAAAUAAGUAUGUGGACUCCUAUGUCCUCUCUGAAUCAAGCCUCUUUGUUUAUGCUCACAAAAUAAUCAUCAAAACCUGUGGGACAACCAAAUUGCUUCAAGCAAUCCCGAACAUGCUGAAAUUGGCGGGUUCCCUUUCUCUGAAAGUACAGACUGUGAGAUACACCCGUGGGAGCUUCAUUUUCCCGGGGGCUCAGCCAUCUCCUCACCGAUGCUUCUCAGAAGAAGUUGCUGUACUGGAUGGCUAUUUCGGAAAGCUUAGAUCAGGAAGCAAGGCUUAUAUUUUGGGCAGUCCUGCCAUAUCACAGAAAUGGCACGUUUACUUUGCUUCGAACGAAACUAUCCAGCCCAAGAACCCUGUUUACACUCUGGAAAUGUGCAUGACCGGUUUGGAUAGGGAGAAAGCUUCCGUCUUUUACAAGAAUGGAUCUAGCUCUGCAGCCCUCAUGACUGUUAAAUCCGGCAUUAGGAAGAUCCUCCCUCGGUCUGACAUAUGCGAUUUUGAGUUUGACCCUUGCGGGUAUUCCAUGAAUUCUAUUGAAGGACCCGCGCAUUCUACCAUUCACAUUACUCCUGAAGAUGGAUUUAGUUAUGCUAGCUUUGAAGCUGUUGGAUAUGACUUGAAAACCGUGAACCUAGCGCUCUUGAUCAAGAGAGUGUUGGCCUGUUUCAUGCCAAAGGAAUUCUCCAUCGCUAUCCACAGUGAUGGUUCUGGUAAGCUACUCGAACCCGUUAGCUCUCUUGACCUAAACGGCUACUGGCUCGGUGAGAAAUGCAGUGAAAACCUUGGAACUGGCGGUUCCAUCGUCUACCAGAAGUUCAUUAGGACUUAUGCCUAUUGUUCAUCCAGGCCUGUUCUGAAAGGCUGCUCCCUGUAAGUGGAAGAGAAAGAAGAAAAGGAGUGAUUACUUUGGGUUGUUUUUUGUUUUUUGUUUUAUUUUUUUUACUGUUUAUAUUAUGUCUGUUUUUUUUUGUCUUGUCAGUUAAAUAAAGAGUUUAUAAGCUCAUCUCAGUCAUUGCAAUUGUGUAUCUGUGCCCAGUUAUGGGCUCCCACUGUAUAAUGGGCCUAGCCCAUACGUUCUUUGUAUUUGGUAUACCUGUCAUGGGCUUCUUGUUGGGCCUAUAUACCAAACGUAGUCACAUUUAAGCCAAGGCUUUUGCUUCAAUGAAUAUUCAAUACAGUGUUGAUGAAUGUUA